UGCCUGAAAUGUCCGAACUGCCAAGCGGAACGUACUCCGUUUGACAGCACAUGGUCCACUGUAUGUCAAAGAUGGCGACGAAGAGUGACAGGAAGCGCAAAGCGGGCGAGAAACCGGCACACGAGAGCUCCGCUUUUUAUCAUUUGCUUGUAACUUUUCUGGGUUUAAGUUUCGGUUACCUGCACAAUCUGCACGUAUCCACGCUGUUCGAGAAUGACCGGCACUUUUCUCACCUUUCGGAAAUCGAGCGCGAAAUGUCCUUUAGGACUGAAAUGGGUAUGUAUUAUUCCUAUUACAAGACCAUUGCCGAGUCGAGAGACUUCUUUGAAGGAAUGGACAAGCUCAGUCACGACAAUCUGUCUGAAUAUGGAAACGUCAUCGACGCUACCAGAAAGUACAGUCUUUUGCCUGAGAUCGUGAUAGGCUUCCUGUAUCACGCUGCGAGGAAUUUUGGCGUUAUAUCUCAGGAGCAAUGUUGGGUGAUAGAGAGAGGAGACGGACUGUCGCAUGUGACCAGCUGCGAAGGUCUCGGUGUGCCUGUGUACUUCUACUUGGAGGUAGUCUGGUUGACCACGAUGUUUACAGCGGCGAUGCUCUUUUAUUACGCGACUUACUUAAGCGACUCCAUUUACGGCGGACUCGUGGCGAUCCUCUUCUUCUUCUUCAACCACAACGAAUGCACCCGCGUGCAGUGGACGCCGCCGUUACGAGAGACUUUCGCGUAUCCCAUGUUGCUCUUCGAGAUGUAUAGUGUCACCUUGGCAAUUAAAAAGUACGCCAAACACGACUCGGACAAGGAGCCGUCCUGGUUGAAGGGCAGAACUAGACAAGGAUUGUUCGUGGACAUAUUCGGCUCGACGAUCUGCAGCUUGUGCACCUGGCAAUUCUCGCACUUCGUGUUCGUCACGCAGAUCAUAGCGCUGCUGAUACUCAAAUGGUUGAGGAUCAUUCCGUACGACUUCUACAAGAACUUCUGCAUGACCCACGCGUUAGCCAUCGCGGCGGCGACCAACAUAACGAACGGCACUCUCAUAGUGUCCUCGCUCUACAUGUGCCUCUUGAUCAGCAGCAAAGUGGCCAGCCUGAUCAUGAAGUUGUCCCGGUUCCAGAACACCAAGCGGGAAGUCAUACUCGAGAUCGCGAUGACGGUCAUCUUCACCAAGUGGAUCAAGUCCUACGUCCUGUAUUCCCAGGACGACGCCCACGUGUUCAACAUACUGAAGUCGAAGUUGACGGACUACCGGGACUUCCACACGAUGCUCUACACCUGCUCGGCGGAAUUCGACUUUUUGCAGUACAAGACGUACGAGGUGAUCGUGAAGACUUUGCUGUUGCCAACGGCGAUACUCGCCGGGAUGCUCGCGCUCUACUAUUGGUACCGAAGCUUCAAGACCGGCGAUUAUCCGCGCUGCAUAGAGGCCGACGUGGCGUAUAACGGCUUGCAAACCGGCGCAUUCAUCGUCAUGGCGGUUUUCAUUAUGAGACUGAAGCUCUUUAUGACGCCGCAUCUCUGCAUCAUCGCCGGCGUGGUCUGCAGCAAACGGUACCUGGAAAAAGUCGGCCUGAGGAGCGAGCUGGCGCGUGCCGCCGUCAUUUUUCUUCUGGUGAGCGGCAUGUCGUACCACGGUAUCGAUCGAUUCCAGCAGGAGCGCGGAUUUGUAGGCGAAUACAGCAACAUCGAGCAGGAGGAAUUGUUCGAAUGGAUCAAGAGUAACACGCCGAAGCACGCCGUAUUCGCGGGGAAGAUGUCGUUGAUGGCGAACCUGAUGCUGUCCACCGGAAGACCGAUCGUUAACAAUCCUUAUUAUGAGAGCAAGGAAAUGAGAGAUCGAACCAUGAAGAUCUACGAGAUCUUCAGUCGGAAGGACGCCGCCUCCGUGUACACGUCUCUGAGAAACAUGAAGGUCGGCUACGUCGUGUUGGAGGAGCCGCUGUGCCUUGGAUUCGCGAAUCUGCCGCGUGGAUGCCAAAUGAUCGAUUUAUGGGACGUGGCGGAUAAUGGGACGUCGAGAGCGGCAAACAGGCCGCCACUGUGUCCCCUGCUGUUCCAAGGGAACGCUUAUCCGUUCAAGCGAGCGUUCGUUAACAGCAAUUACGUCGUGCUGCAGCUGGACUACUCGCACUACGUGGAGUUCAAGCCAAAGACUUCCAUGCCACUGUACCAUCAGUUCUAGAUGAACGUCGCCCCCUCGAACAAUACGGGAUUUACCUCGUGAGACUGUAAAGAAACUUAUUUUUUUUAAAGCGAAAGAGAAUUAUGUAUAUGAAGAAAUCUAUCUCUA